UAUGUACAUGUACAUGUACAUAUCCGUCCUCAAGCCGUGAGUACAGUACGGUGGGCAUAUCAUUCUCUGAACGGGCACCCCCUCCACGCCCGUUACAAUAUGCACUGUUGCGCGAUGCAAAGCAUAUUAUAUUUUCCCCUCCAUCCCAAAUGGUCGAGCCGAAUGUAGAGUUGCUGACCGUACCGGCCGAGGUCACGCGAAGAUCAGCGCACGCGCAACGUAUGUCAUGUAUGUAAACACACACUUGAACAUUCGUGCAUUCGUCAGGUCUGACAUGUCUGAGACGCGAGGCUGUUUCUUUGACGAACCUGGAACUUUGAAUUCAACGCCGAAACAACCAACAGUUGUAUGAGUAGAUUAACAGCCCCUUGUGAACUUAUGUCGCUGGCUUCAGUGUGGAAGAAUGCCACGUAGGGGUUCGACCAUGCAACAGGCGUGUAAGCACUGCGACGCACGGUUCUGUAAUAUCAGUGAGUGUGCGAAGCAUGAAACCACAUGUCGCUUCAAGAUUCCCACGUUAUUGGAUGUGUGUACCAUCCGAACACCAAACUUGGAUAAACAGACAAUUAAGUCCGAGGAUAAACACACCUGCAAGAAUUGCGGCCAGUCUUUCCCCAGGAAACGGUAUCUCAAGGAGCACAAAAAAGUGUGUUACCAGGAUGCCUUGGCUUGUGAGUGCGGAUUGAAACUAGAGAAGAGCUACAUGGAAAGACACAGAUUACGAUGCUACAUAACCAAGGCGAAGAACCGUCAAAUGAAGCAAACGGAGAAUCUGGACAAAGUUGUGAUGGCCCGGAGAGAGUUUCCAUGUAAAAAGUGUGAUUGUUCGUACCAGUCAGCCGAGUUAUUGCAUGACCAUGAAAGGUCUGUGCAUCGAGUCGACUCCCGUUCAAAGCCCAUAGAAAAAGUCUCAUCCAAAAGAUCAGAGCCUUCGUUAAAAUACCGAAAGUCUUCCAGAGGUACAAACCACCUGUAUGCCAAACUAUCCUCUUCGAAGAGGUGUGCAUCCAACAGUAGACCAGAACCGAUACAUACAUCACACGGCAUGAAUGCUAGUCAACGUUGUCCGGAAUGCAAAGUAAUGAUCAAGCAGCGUAAUUACCGUCAGCAUCUAAAGAACCAUGCGUUGAACUGUAUCAACAAGAAAUACCUAGCUAGUUUUGGGACAUCUUUCGGUCAGAUUUACAUGUGCCGGUACAUUACUUGCUACUUGGCUUUUCCCUCUUCCCAGGAACUGAUCCAACACGAAUCAGUUCACACGGGAGUCGGGCCUUACAUGUGUGGUGCUUGUGAUAAGCUCAGCGAGAGCAAACGUAAGCACGAGCAGCACGUCAAAAAGUGUGCUUCUCGAGUACUCCUGACGUACCCCUGCAGCUACUGCGGCAAGUUCUUCGGGAGAUUGAAUUUACUGUGGCGCCACUACCAAAGCCACCGCCCUGACAAAAUGGAGUGUUACUCAUGCGGACAUUGUGGGGAGGUUUUUCCAACACGGCUGCUGCUGAACAAGCACAACGCCGACACGCAUCAGGUCAUGCAGCCAAAGACCAAAUCAGUUGUUUUAAAGUGUAACUUCUGCCUGCAACAGUUGGUCACCCAAAAGGAGCUACUAGAACACACUAAGAUGUACCACUUAGCCGACAUCGCCACAACCAGCACCGUGGAUGAACCCACAGCUGGUAGUGCCAUUGCCAACAAGGCGGUAAAACAGAAGAAGAUUAAGGCGUUCCCCUGCAGGUACUGUGACAAGAGCUUUAGAAAAGAGAGCAAAAUGGCCCGUCACGAGAGAAUCCACACCAAUGAGAAGCCGCAUGUCUGUCAUAUCUGCGGACUGGCGUUCACCUUUAAGAGUAGGCUGAAGCAGCACAUGCAAAGCGGGUGCAACACGGCCAAUAUCAAGGACAGUGGAGACGAAGCAACAGACUCUGAGACAACAGGCUCCGAAGAUCUAGAGGAAGUUACAAAAGAAGGUAUUGACGAUGAUGUGAUCUGUAUAUCAUCUUCUUCCUCGCCCUCUCCAUCUCCAACUCCUUCUCCAUCUCCAACUCCUUCACCACCAAGCCCAACCAUAGGGUCAAUUCAGAUCCAGAGAUUAGACCCUGUGCCUGUCAUAGGCCAGCCUCCAAGCUAUGCAAUAGCGCAGAUUAGCAGCCCAGAUACCGUCACACCACCAAAUGUCUAUACAACCUGUGACACCCUUCCGUCUCCACGAGACCAGGUCUACUUGAUCCAAUAUGACCAGACGCACCAAGGGCCCCUAAUCAUCACCAUUCCUAAUGAACUUUCCAGUGCUGCUAUAAGGAUUCUUCCAACUGAACAGAAUGACCUAGCAGCUCCAGUUCCAGUGAGGCUUGAACGUGUUCUCUAAAAUGCACCUACUGCAUAGAGAAAUUGAAAUGUUGCAAAUGGUGAUCCUAGAGGCCCAAGUUUAAACUUCCAAGCCAAUCUUGCUGGACGUACACAGGUUAAGAGUGACAGUACAGGGUGACACCCCC